UCUAACACAAUACAUAACAUAAUAUAUCAAAUAUAACCCUAAACUAUUAUAGAAUUCCCAUUUCUCUUUUUCCAGGUCCAACCCCUUUGGAGAAUGCAAAUCAGGACUUUCAGGGACCAUAAAAAUAUAAAACCUGGGGACAAAGUUCUCCCCAACCUGACGCCAGAGGAACCUUCAGGUCCUUCCUGCUCUGGGGCCGAAGGAAUUCUGGGAGAUUCUGGGACAUCGAUGGAUUCCCGGGUCUGGUGGCUGAUGUUGCUCCCAAUCCUGACAUUCCAACGUGGAUCCCACCUGGCCGCAGGUUGGUGGGUGAGUUCUCCCGGGAUUCCCAUCGUCGGGAUUGUCGGGGAUCAGGUUGUGCUGCCCUGCCAGCUCAGCCAGGACCCCAUUCCUGAGGUUUUCUCCGUCCGCUGGAUAUUCCACAAUGAUUCCCGAAGGAUCCUCGUGGGCAGUUUCGAUGGGAAGAGCCAGGAGGAGGAGGAGGGGGACGGAAGGUUCCAGGGCCGUGUGGAGUUUUUCCCCAGGGAAUUCCGGGCCGGGAAUGUGUCCCUGGGACUGAGGAAUGUCAGGAUCUCCGACCAAGGGUCCUACACGUGCCACGUGUCCUUCCAGGACGUGUCCCAGGAGGUGUCAGUGGAGCUGGAAGUGGCAGCCAUCGGCGACAUUCCCACCAUUGUCCUGAACUCCCGGAAAAGCGACCUCGGCCUCUCCUGCCGAGCCUCGGGCUGGUUCCCAAAUCCCGAAAUUCUUUGGCUGGACGGCCAAGGAAAGAUCCGGAAGGAAUUUUCCAGCCCCAGGACGACGCUGGAGCCGUUGGGACUGUUCCGCAUCGACGCUUCUAUGACCCUCCCGCCCGGAUCCGACCUGGAAGUUUCCUGCAGGAUCGUCAACCCCCGGCUCAAUGUCACCAGGGAAUCCCGGAUCCGCAUUUCAGAUAUUUUCCUCCCCUCCAUCUCCUCCUGGCUGAGCCUUUUCCUGGCACUUUUGGGCCUCAACCUGCUCCUGAUUUCCGCUGUGUUUUGCCUCCUGAGGAGGAGCCACAAGGAAAAUGCCAGUGCAGUGAAAGUGAAGCUGGAAAGGGAAGAAGAAAAAAAGAAGGUGAAGUCGGUGUUGGAUGGAGAGAAAGCCAAGAAGCGAGCAGCCAAGAUCCACUUCAAGAAACGCUUUGGUAGACUGAAAACAGAACUGGAUUUCUGGGAAGCCCGGAGCCACGCAGUUCCCGUGGCCUGGAAUGCCCUGGAGCGGAUCCUGGAGCUCCCAAGCGGGGAGAGCGAAGUGUCUGCGCCCACAUUCCCGGUGCAUGUGGGGAGGGAAGGCUUUAGAAGUGGGAAGUGCUACUGGGAGCUGGAGCUGGGCGAGGAGCAGGACUGGGUGCUGGGAGUGCUGCGGGAAAACGCGGGAUGCGGGGCCGGGCCCAUUCCUGGGUGGAAUUCCUGGGCUCUGCGUAGAUCCCAGGGACAGCUCUUCUCCAGCGGCGGAUCCCGCGGGCUCGGGAAGCUCCGUGGGAAUGGCUCCACCCUCGGUGUCUUCCUGGACCUGGACUGGGAGCGCCUGGAAUUCUACAACGUGGAGACCGCAGAGCUCCUGGAGAGGCUGGAUCUGAGCACUGGGGGGGAUCCGCAGGGAAUGUUCUUCCCGUUUGUGUCCCAGGGAGAAGGGAUCAGGAUCCGCCCGGUGCCAAUCCCGCUCCCGCUGAAGGGACUUUGAGUGGGCGUUGGGGAAAGGGUUGGGGAAGUGGGGAGAAAAUGAUGGAAAAGGGAAUGGGAAGGAACGGGAGGGUUAAAUAAAUAAGUUCACGAUAUCACAACCUUUUUUCAAAUUUAUUAAUUAAUGCUAA